AUGGGUGGCGUUCUUGGAGAUGUUGGGCCUCCACGUAUUCAUUUUGAUGGCGGCAACGCUGCAGCUAUAGCAGAGUCCUGCAUAGCCCCUCUUGACGUUCUCAAAAUCCGGCUACAGCUCCAGAUCCAUUCUCUUUCCGAUCCGUUAUCAAGCCGGGACUCAGCAAGAGCUGCGCGUUAUGGUAUUGGAAACACGUUCAAGAGCAUUCUUCUUGAUGAAGGAAUCACAGCUCUAUGGAAGGGCAACGUCGCAGCCUCAUUUCUUUACAUCAAUUAUGGAGCCGUACAAUUCUCCGUCUAUCGUGCAGUUGCCACAACAAUUCAUCCUCUGAACAUGCAAAACGAGGCCGAAGCCUUCAUCUCCGGCGCUGUUGCCGGGGCAUCAGCAACCACUUUCACUUACCCUUUGGACCUCCUUCGCACACGAUUUGCUGCGCAAGGGCCAGAUAAGGUGUAUGCCAGCUUGCGAGGCGGUAUCCGCGAUAUUUGGCGUGAGGAGGGUCCAAAAGGCUUUUUCCAAGGGUUGGGAGCUGGAGUGGGCCAAGUCGUGCCUUACAUGGGACUCUUUUUCAGUGCGUAUGAGGCCUUCCGAUCACCACUGGCAACGCUAUCUCUCCCAUUUGGAUCCGGUGAUGCGACUGCUGGCGUACUCGCUAGUGUGUUAGCCAAGACAGGAGUAUUCCCAUUGGAUUUGAUCAGGAAACGCCUGCAAGUGCAAGGGCCAGCGAGGGCGCGAUAUGUAGGAGGAACAAUACCGGUGUAUGGGAAGGGGGUUUGGAGGACGGGAAAGAGUAUCGUGGCUCGAGAGGGGUGGAGGGGAUUGUAUGGAGGUCUAAGCGUAGGAUUGGUCAAGUCUGCGCCAGCCAGUGCGAUUACAAUGUGGACGUACGAGAGGGUUCUCAAGUUUUUGAAAGAGAUGGAGAAGCCAAAUGAGAAGAUGACAUGA